AUGGCUAUGGUCUCUCUAUUCUCUUCAUUGGAAUAUGCAAUUUCUGUUGCUAGAGACAUAUGGUUUCAUAAAGUGAAUGUUAGGUGUUGGUUGGAGGCUAUAUCAGGACACUCUUGUUUCAACCAAUACUUGGAUACGGCUAACGAAUCUAUCAUGCAGGGAUCAAUGUAUGAGAAGAAAUUUGGAUAUAUUUUUAUGAUAUAUGCAUUUGGGAAGAGCUCUAAAGACAUACUCGCUGAAUUAAAGAUGCGCUUUACAAACAAGCAUGCGAUUGAGUUGGAUAUUGCAUCACAUGAGGAAAUAAAAUUUAUAGAAUUACCCAUUACAGAGAUCCUUUCAGAGAAAUCUGCCCAAACUAUCAACAAGGGAGAUGUGUUAGCUGAAUAUUCAGGCGAAAUAGUUAAUGACAGUCUAGAUGUGGCAAAGACUGAUUUAGAAGACAAUUUAGAUGAUAUCUCCUCUGUUGGAAUUGACAUCUCUAUGUAG